AUGGCUUCCCCAUCUGUCUCCGCAAUUCUGGAUGGCAUUGCCACUUCACGCGUAUUGGAAAUCCCAAGCGAGUUGGUCCAGCGUACCUUCUGGGCAGAGCCAGCUCAAAGCGCCAUUAUCCGUAUCGCUGUCGAUGUCAAGUUUUUCCAACACCUCAAGGAUGCAGGAGAUGCAGGACUCACCCUGUCAGCCUUUUCCCAGAGGACUGGAGACGACAGUACUCUCCUACAACUCCUAACGAGACAUCUGGUGGCAAUGAACCUCGUGUCAUUCCACAACGGAGCGUUCUACGCCACGAAACUAACCAACGGUCUCGCAGCGGAGAACUAUCAACACAGCAUCAAUUUCUGUUAUGAUGUGGCGCGCUCUUCAUUUAACGGAUUCCCGGAAUAUUUUAAGAAGUCCGAAUAUAAUUACCCGACUCUGGGUGGAACUGAUGGCCCGUUUCAGGAAGCCCACAAAACAACCCUCCCGUUCUUUGAAUGGCUUGUCGCGACACCACCACACCUCCAGAAUUUCGACUCUUUCAUGAGCGCCGAUGUUCUGCUCAUUGACGGUCGAGAGCCUGUCAUCGCAGACGUGGUAGCUGAUAGCACAGAGCGAGCUUUUGAAGUGCAAGCUCAUGAUUUCUUUACACCCCAGCCUAUCAAGGGUGCACACGCAUACUCUCUCCAUUCUAUUCUCCACGAUUGGAGCGAUGAAGAUGGCGUCAAGAUCCUGGAGAAUCUUGUACCUGCUUUAAAAAAGGACUACUCACGACUCCUGUUCAAUGAGAUUGUGAUUAACGAAGAGAAACCUACACUUGCAGCGACCAAUAUGGACCUGAUAAUGUUGGCGCACUUUGCUGUGAGAGAAAGAACUGAAACUGAUUGGAGAGACAUUCUGGCCCAGGCUGGAUUGAAGGUGGUCAAUGGAUAG